UCAACUUCCAUAUCAUGUCCCAAGUAACCGCCGCCGCCGGUGAAACACCGGCGGCUCCGACCAAUAUUGCGCCGUCGUACACGUCGUUGAUGAAAGCUGUUUGUCUCAAACUUUCCAAGAACCUUAAUACUUAUGCAUGUUUUCUUGGUUUGAUUUGGGCCCUCAUAGCCAAUAGGUGGCAUUUAAGUAUGCCUAGCAUUGUAGACGACUCUAUCUUGAUCAUGGCCAAGGCAGGCAGUGGUAUUGCCAUGUUCAAUACAGGGCUUUUCAUGGCAUUGCAAGACAGGAUAAUAUCUUGCGGUGGGGCUUUAACCGUGUACGGUUUAGUUCUCCGGUUUUUAAUCGGACCCGCUACCUCGGCAAUCGGUACCGGAUUGUUACGUCUGCACGGUGACGUCUUGAAAAUAGUUAUAGUCCAGUCUGCAUUACCGCAAACUGUGACGGCAUUCAUUUACGCCAAAGAAUAUGGACUGCAUGCCGAUGUUCUCAGUACAGCGAUUAUCAUUGGCACCAUCGUUUCAUUACCCGUGUUGAUUGGAUAUUACGUCAUUCUCGACUUCUUACCUUAAUUAAUAUCUUUAUGGGACAUCCUUAAUUAAUAUAUGUACGGGACAUUUUCAAGAGAUGUAACAUUACC